AUGGAGAAGUACACCAGGAGCAAGAGAGGGCAAGCUGCUUCUACCAAGUGCUCGGGAUCGAAAUCGAAAUCGAAAUCGAAAUCGAAGGUAGAACAUGCAUCUACUGCUCCCUCUGAGGCAGCAGGGAGCCAGAAAAGCCGCAACAGCAACGACACGGGCGUCGACACCGGCAGCAUUGCCCUCCGGGUUCUGGAAUGCAUAGUAUGUUUCGGCCCGCUGUUGCCACCUAUCUACCAGUGCCAAAAUGGUCAUGUUGCAUGCCAUCCAUGCUACGAGAAGCUUCGUUAUAUAUGCCACACCUGUAAAUCUCUCCUGAGUUACACUCGAAAUCUAGCUCUGGAGAACGUGAUGGAAUCCGUGAUGAUCUCUUGCCCUCAUGCCUCGUUUGGUUGCGAAGAAACUGUUGCUUACAUUAAGCAGCAGGAGCACGCGGAGAAGUGCACCUAUGCUCCUUCCUCGUGCCUGUUUCCGGAUUGUAACUAUGCGGCUUCCUUUAAAGAACUGAUCAUCCACGCCACGAAAAAGCAUCACCUCCCAACCCUUUCGUUCAUCGACGGGAGCCCCUUCUAUGAGUUCUUGGAUUUCCAAUCUAUAUUUCUUAUUCAUCAUGAAACUAAUACCUGCUUUCUCUUGCGUAAUAGUGGUGAGAUAGCUUCAGGGCGAGCUUUUUCAGUCGUAUCCAAUCGAUCAUGCUUGCGAAGGACAAAUUGGCUGUAUGAUUUGUCGUUGGUUGAUGUACUGGAGUUUCGGCUAUGCGAUGCCCCUGUUGAACAAUUGGACAACCAGUCCUCUUCUGAAACUAUUCUCUUUGUACCUCAGAAAUACUGUACUCCCCUUGUGGACAACUUGAGAAUUUGCAUUCGCAAAAUCUCAUAG